GUUUUUAUCAGUCGCGGUCGCGGAUAGGUCGAGUCGCGAGUCCGGUUUUGAGGUUAGGGUUAGUGACUCGGUGACACCGCGACGGAUGGUGGACGCCAGAGACGGCGAGUCUUCAGUGCGCGAGGAAGCAAACGCGCCGGCCUCGAAUCGAGGGAGCCGCGUUCCGCGAAAAAUCGUCCAUCGUCGCUCGCCGGUUUACCGCUCGUCGUCGGGGUAAUGCUCCGAACGAGAGAAACGGCGUGGCACCGUGACGGAAAUCUGUUUAUAUCGGCGAUCGCGAGACCGCGGGUGGCAUCCGCCGCGCGCGUCCAAAAAUAGAUCGGCGGCGGCGGCGGCGCCUACGGCGUGUCGACGAAAGGAAUUCGUCCGCGAACGAAAGGAGGAAGGGGAGAAUCGCCCUCCCGAAAUCCUCCUGGAGACGAGACGCGCCGAUGACACGAGGUCGAAACGCGUGACGCGGCAACGUGCCGCGACAGCGCCGAUCCGCCGUUCCUCCCCGUCCGUUUCGCAGCAUCCCGAAUCUUCCCCGAACGCAUCUCGCGUCCGACGGAUCUGUCGACGCGCGCCGAUCUGCUCAAUCGAAUGUCCGGUACCGGCGACCGGUGCGCGAAUCCGUCCACCCACUCGUAUCGGGAAAUAGGGUCAGUCGGGGUUACGACAGCGAGAAAAUUUCCAUGAAAAUCCGCACACCCGACGAGUGAUAAACUCUCAAUUGCACAGCGACGAUGUCCCGGGGGUUCUCGUGCACGCGACAUCACGCGACGUCACGCGUCGCGGGAUAGACGCGCGGGAGAGGAGGAGCCCCGAUCUUCGAGCGGGCGCGUGACGCGCCGUGAACCGGUGACAUUCGGCUCGCGGGAAGUCGGGCAAAUGAGGCGUCGCGUGGCAAACAGCGAGGACGCGAGGCGACCGGCGAGGAUACCGAUGACCGUUCGUUGUUGCGAGACGGCCGCGCGCGAGCCCCAGUGAGAAGAUGUCGCAGACCGCGGAUGUCGAAAGCGAGACCGGCUCCAUUUGCGACGAGGAACGCGUCCGGAAGCUGUUCCAGGCAUGCGACGGCGACGGCGACGGCUACAUCGACAGCCAGGACCUAUUGACGGUGUGCCGGGAAUUGAACCUCGAGAAUUCGGUGGAGGAAUUGAUGAGGGAAUUGGGCGCGGACGAACACGGUCGUAUUUCCUAUCAAGAGUUCCUCAGGCGACGUCUGGCCCUGCGACCGGAAAUCGAGGCGCUCAGAGCCGGCAAACGGCGAAGCAGCCCGCAUCACACCCACACGCCGGAGUACCUGCCCACCAGCAGCGACAACAGCCUCGGCACCGUGUCGGGACGACAUGAAAGUUGGGAGUUCGACAGCGGUGCCCGUGAUUUGUCUCCGGAACCCCAUAGUCUUCAAAAGCUAGUGGAGGCGGCCGCCGGCGGAACGGGAAAUAUGCUGGACCUCGCGAAUAAGCUUCACGCGGCCGCGCUCUCCUCCCUGCGGUCCGAGGUGGCCGAGCUGAACUCGCGGCUGGUGGCGGCUACUCGUGCGCGGGAGACGGCCGAGGCCGCGCUGAUGCGGACGGAGGUCCAGGCUGCCCGCGCCGAGCAGCGGGCGGAACAGCAGGCGGCGCGGCAUGAGGAGAGGCUCACCGAGUUGCAUUCCGUCAUCGCCGAGCUCGGCAGGCAGCUGGAGCGGCAUCGCGCCACCGUAAUUGCCGAGGAGGACGACUCUGAAAUCGAGACGAGCAGAGACGCCGAAGGCUCCAUCACCAACCCGGUGGAGGAGAGCGAGGGCGGCGGGGACAUUCAAGGAGAUGGCGAUCGUACUCUGGGCGAUGCUGAUUCCAGCUGCUGCGAGGACGAGAAUCGACCGGCAGAGAAUGGCAGAGAGCAAUUGGAUAGUCCAGCCGCGUUGCCGACACCCGAGCCGACGCAGCAAGCGGCGUCAUGUCAGAGUGUUGCCGUCGCGACGCUGCAGGAGGAGAUCACGGCGUUACGAGCGGAGAUCACGAGUCUGCAGGCCCAAUUGAUUCAUUUCAAGAGCCAAAGUCAGAGUGGCAAUCAGAGGCAAACGACGAGCAGCGAUUCGCCGCGUCGAGAACUUAGAAUGAGGGGCAACACCAGCUCGCCGGAACCUUUGACGGCGCCAUGCUCGCCACUCUUGCCACCGUUAACACCUCCGACAAAGAGUGUAACGAGGGAGGAACCGCCGGUUCUCAAAAUGGCAGAGAGAGUGAGGUUGAGGAGGACAGACGAGAGGCACAUUACCGGUCCGGAUAUCACUAAUCUCGGAGUGUGCUCCACAAUGGUCGCCGAGCAUCUCGUGUCGGAUCUUCUGGAGCAAUCGAAUCUACAGGAAUUGAACGGCUCUGAGAAGCAGUUCGAGGUCGAGACGGAGCGGUUAAAUAGCAGACUCGAGCACGCGCGGGCGAACAACGCGGUUCUCGCACUCACGUUGCACGAGAGCAAGGCGCAAUGCGACAGAUUGAGCUUAUUAGUCGGCAAGUAUGAAUCGAACGCGACGGCAUUGCGACUCGCACUUUCAUAUAGCGAUCGUGCAAUCGAGGCUUAUGACGUUCUAGUCGCUUUAUUGGAGAGCGAAAUUGCGCUCUCCACCGAGAGAAACAGCGUGACGAUCGAUAAUAGAAGGGCGGCCGAAAAUGUUGCGUAUCACGUCCUAAACAGACUCGAGAAUGAUUGUACUAAUACGCUGGGUGCUCCAUGGGAAGACAGCAUGGUCUUAUCGGACGAAUCGGAAGUAACGUGGAAUGUGGAAGACGAGCAGCGACUCAGAAGGCACAUCGGCAGACUGAAGGGAGAACGUACGAUGGUCAGAUCAACGGCGGUCGAACUGGAGAGCGUGCAUGCGGAACCUUUAAAUUCAAAGAACACCAUUUCUCUAGCGGAGGCUAGGAAACUCGAUUUAGAAACGGCCGUGCUAAUGCAGGAAUUAAUGGCCAUGCGAGAAGAUAAGGCUGAAUUACGCGCCCGGGUGUUUCUUCUGGAGAAAGAACGCGCUACGAUAGAAUUGAAGCUAAACGCACGUGACACACAGAUUGCGGCGCAACAUGCUACUAUACAACAUCUUCAAGGCCAACUGAGCGACGCGGAAGCUAUGCUUGCAAUGGCGACAAAUAAGGACCGAGGUUUGAGCGACAAUGAGAGUGAGGGAAUGGAGUCUGAAUUGAUUGAAGCACUUGGCAGGGAGGCGAGAUUGAAGGAACGCUUGCAGGAAUUAAUCUCAACUUUAGAUGAAGUCAACAAGAAUUCUGAACUUAGGCAUCAGCAAUCCGCCGAACUAAUCAACGACUUGAAAAGGGCUAAUGGAGCUCUGGUUCAAACUUUGGAAAAGUCGAAGAAGAAAUAUCAAUCUAGAUUAAAGAAGCUGGAGCAACAGAUGCUGGGAAUGGUAGAGAGACAUGCUGCACAGGUAAAAACACUGAAGCAACGGAUAGCUUUGUUGGAGGAGGAAUCAUUGGGUUAUAAAGGAAUGGCAUUGCAGUCUCAAAGUUCUGGUGCCAGCGAAACGUCCUUAUGACAGUUGAGUGAUUAAAUGGCGAAAGUAAGACGCAACAGUGCAAACUUAGUAAUCCAAUAGUCACUCUUAAACAUCUUUCUUGCUGUCGCGAGAAUGUAGGAUUGAACGCAAAAUGGAAAUCGAACUCACACACGUAUUUUUUUACACCGAAUAGUCGAAAGGCGCUUAGCUAUUCGCUUUGUAAUAUCAUGAUAUAUAUUGCUGCUGUCCUAACAAUAAAACGAAAAAAAAGAAAAAAAAAGAGAGAGAUCCAACUGGGCCUAGGUAAUGUGUGCAAUGUGUCGAUACACAAAUGCAAAACAGCCUUCAUAAAGCAGAAUUUUCAGCACAUCGUAAAUUACAAAUAGUUAAUUAGUUGUGUUUCGCUAUCGGUUACAACAGUGAUAAUCGCCAUGUACAUAUGUAUAUUGUAAAGGCAUAAACCACAAGUGUGAUACGUGUAAACUAUAAUGAAAUAAACUGUGCUUUAUUAUA